AUGGACGUGGACGACGAGCCGGAAGACUUGGGAUCGCCUGGCUUCCACAUUGACCCUGCUGAACUCCCGCCGUCCGAGCUCGUGUCGCCUCCCGCCGAAUCGACCGCAAAUUACACGUACCCUCCACCUGGGGAGCCAUCGCAUAUGGGCUAUGAGGAACAGCCCGCCAUGAUAUUCUCGGUCGAGGCGCAGUCUCCCAUCUGGGCCUGCUGCAAACGUCACAUCUGUCAACAAUGGAACCAUUCGACCGCUGCUGCAGGAUACGGCGGUUAUACACAACAUCCUAGCGCCCGGGCUGACAUAGCUAACAAUCGUGUCGCCUAUGAGCCCUACACGCACAACCCGCCCUCGGCCGUUCGGAACCCGUAUACAUCCUAUGACAGCUACAACACGCGUUCAGCCAAUGCCAGUUCAUCGACGGCAUUGUCAAACCCCGUUGCACAAGGCGUGACCUCAUCCUAUGCCAACUCGAGUACGGCUGCAACGGCACCUAGUGCCACGCAAUGGGGGACCGCUAACUCGGCCUCCCAGCCUCGCAACUCUCAUUUUUACAACGCCAACCCGCACACAUCGUCGGGCACUUCAUCUUACAAUGGAUUUAGCGUUCGUCCAACGUCGACGAUGCAAACGAGAAGCUCGACGGCUAGAAGAUUCAAUCAGCAGUCGCAACCACCGCCGCUGCAACAGCCGCAGCAGCAUAGGCAGCAGCCGCAGCAACAGGCGCAGAGCUACAACUCGCACUCGAACCAGUCGCACACCGGCGGUGGCGGCCAUCAGAACUAG